CUCCUUCCUUGCCCAUCACCCAUGCACUCAAAAUGUCGCUCCUCACGCGCCUGCCCUCCUCCUCUCUCGCCCACGGGCUGCUCACCCACAUUUCCGAUGCGCGCUCCUCCAUUUCCCCCGCGCGCGCGCUGGCGCAGUGGCACGCCUACCGCGCCGUCUUUGCCGCGUACGGCUGGACGCUCUGCGAGGUGCCGCCGUGCGAGGAAGCGCCGGAUUCGGUGUUCGUCGAAGAUGUGCUGCUCUACCUGCCGUCCUUCACCGACGUGCCUGCCGCACUGCUGCUCACGCGCACGCCCACGCCCUCGCGCGCGCCCGAACGAGUCGGCGCCGCUGCGUUUGCCUCCUCCCUCGCGGCCUCGCGCGGUCUCGCCUUUCUAGAGAUGCCCGAAGACGCGCAUCUCGAGGGCGGCGACAUCCUCAAGCUGUCCUCUUCACGCACGCUCUACGUCGGCCAGACGUCUCGCACCUCUGCGCGCGGGCUUGCGGCGCUGCGUGAGCUGGCCGAGCCGCGCGGAUGGCGCGUGCUGGGCGUGCACAUCGACAAGGCACUGCAUCUCAAGAGCGCAAUGACGGCUUUGCCCGAUGGGACUAUUCUCGCGCAUGCGCCGCUGCUGAGUGAGGAAGCCAGAAGGCUGCCGCGCUUAAGAGAGGUGCACGAGGCGGAGGGCGUGGCAGUGGUGCAUUUGAACCGGACGGCGACGGCGACGGCGGCGGCAGGAGAGGGCAGCAGGACAAAGGGAGCACUGCUCAUCAGUGCCGCGGCGCCGCGCACGGCGCAGAUGCUGCGAGAGAUGGGAUGGCACGUCGAGUGUGUGCACAUCGAUGAGUUCGAGAAGCUCGAAGGCUGCGUCACUUGUCUCUCGGUGCGCAUGCGCUCUUAGCCCCCCUCUCCUCCCCCCCGCGCAGCUUCAGCUCUGCCCAUCCUCUCAAGUUCCCCCCCCCCUCUUCCCAAGCUUUUGGCACGUCAACAACAAGCGGAACGACGAAGGGCGGGGCGUCCAGGGAGCAGCGAGGCGUGCCUCGAGAGCCGGGCAUGAUGAGGG